GCACCUUUAAAAAUAAACUGUGAACCCCGACGCCUAUCACCUAGAGCACAUAGUGCGCUAGACAACCUGGUACAGCUGAGUUGAGCCGGUGACAAGCCGACGUCUGUGUUCACUAUCGAAACAACCACAGACAACAAGAGAAGACCGAGACUGUGGUUGAAUAAGGGACGACAAAAGGCGUGAAGAAAGGGGGGGAAAUUGGAUCACUUUAUACCGACAAACGCUGUUCUUAUUCUGCCACGCUCCUUCAUGCUGUUGCGGGAGCGUAAAACAACCGGCGCUCAAAGUUGCUGAGCUGAUCCGCUUCCUUUAUCAAGAGUUGAACGUAUGUGGAGGAUCGAUCUGUUCCCCUGUGGAUUUUAGACCCCAACACAGCGUCUUUGUCUGUGGAUGAGCAAUGCCUGUUGGAUGGUAACAUUGCCUGCGAGGAGACAACACCGUGCCACAUGCGCCCGGAAGAUAUGGAUUCGCUUUCACUAUAGCAAAAAUUUGCCGCGUUUUUUAAAUAAUUUUUUUUUUUGACUGUUUGCUCAUUCUUUUUUUUUUUUGAAAAAAAAAAACAUUGUUUUAUUCGCAUUUUAACCGACGCCUGGGCUUUUUAGACUUUUGUGGAGUUACAAUCAUGAACAUUGUUUUUAGUUUGGUACAAAUUCUCCUGGCAGCGGUUCUUCACCUAUCCACUGUAAAGACUGCCAGCAUUCACAAGGGAGUGGAUAAGAGUAAAAAUGAAGUUAUCCAACUGACAGAUGUCAUCAUGAAGAGUAGGUGUCAGCCCAGAGAAAUGCUUGUGGACAUCUCCCAGGAGUAUCCGGAGGACACCGAACACACGUACACGCCUUCCUGUGUAGUCCUCACUCGGUGUGGAGGCUGCUGCAACGAUGAGGCGAUGGAGUGCGUGCCAUCUGAAACCCGCAAUGUUACGUUACAAGUAAUGCGGAUCAGAUCACUGGUCACGCAACAUAAAAUUCAACUGAGCUUCACAGAGCAUAAAAAGUGUGACUGCAGACUAAAGCCCGAAGUUCGAGCAAAGAAAGAAAAAGAAUACCACUGUGCGCCUUGUUCAGAGAGAAGAAAGCGCUUGUUUGUGCAGGACCCUCUCACCUGUAAAUGCUCCUGCAAAUUCACACAAUUAGACUGCAAGUCCAGGCAGCUUGAAUUAAACGAAAGAACUUGCAGAUGUGACAAACUGAGGAGAUGAGACCAGGAGGUGCAGACUACACUGUUAUGAAGGAAUUCUUUUUCGCACAGCACUUUGAAAUCUGAGGAUGCAUUCCCUGCAAGGACACUCAAGGACAAUGCAAGACAGGACCUUCUCCAUUCUGAUCUUGCCACCGUCAGUUUUCCAUCUAACGCGCUAUAUAUAUAUAUAUAUAUAUAUAUGUAUAUAUGUGUGCAUACACUCUCAGUACAGUACAUCAACAGUGUGUAUUGCUGCUACUAUUUAAAACGAAUGCGCUGUCGGCGUGUGAAUGGGAAAAUGUGACAGAGCUCCCGGGUAAAAUUGGGGAAAAGACAUUUUACUUUAUUUUAUGUAAGACUUCACUGGAUGCUGGUCUGCUGUGGACAUGAACCCGAUAUACGUCUCGCAUUCUGGAAAAUUCGGUGACCACAAUGUCAUCCAACAAAAGCCGAUCUUGCCUGAAGGGCCCGAAUGGGAGCGGCUGGAUCACCAAAUUCUGAUGGGGAUACCUGCGGCACUUGAACUGUAUGGCAGGUUUCCCAACGUGUUCUUCUCUGUGACAUGAUGAGACGUUUUGUCUGUACUGUAGGACGCGACAGCAGUUAAUGUGAGAAUAUAAUGACAGAAUUUGACACAACUGCUGACACAGGUUACGUGCUGUGGUGACGAAUAAUGUGACCUUCUUCCCAAAUUGAAGUUCAGUGACGAUGGCAUGAACCCAAAGAGAGGUUCGCCAAGAAAGUUUCAUCGGAAUCUCGGCGAAAACGACCUAUGAUGCUGGUUUGGAAAGUAAAACGUUUUGUCAGGGUGUGAAGGUGUCAAACCACUACCUGUCUGGUCCUGCCUCCAUCACACAACUUUUUGGGGUUGGAAAAGAUAUUUUUAUUGACAUGCACAGUAUAUUAUUUGUAUUUUUAUUUAGACAUUGUGUUAAUUUCACAAGAUGUUUUGAGACCAUGCUAAAGGGAUAUUAAUGUAGGUAUAUAUGACAAAGGGUAGUGACUAGAUGAGCUGAGAAUAGGUCAGUCUAGGACCCCCCUGAACCUUGCUGUUGUUGUAUUCAAUGACUUUGUCUGCGCUCCAAAGAAAUAGUCAUGCCUCCACAGCAGAGCAAUUUAUUGGGAACGGUCUGUAUAUACUUACUGGAUAUCCCUUUUUCAAAUUUCAUUUAAUUUAUAGAAUGUGUUCAGUAUUCUGUAUUAUAAUAUUUAUAUGAAUUGUUACAGUGAUUUGAGUUUUUUUCUCCCUUUCAAUCUGCCUUGAGAUCGAACAUGUUUGACUGUGGAUUUUUGUGGGGUGGGAAAGGACUGAAAACAAAGCUUUGACAUUCCUGAUUUUUAAACUGAAGCUAUGUUACUCACCAGCCGAAUGGGGGUGUGAAGGUUGUGGGGUGGGGUGGAGGGGGGGGGGGUGCGUGUGUGUGUGUGCGUGUGUGUGUGUGUGUGGUUUAGGGGCAUAAUGGGGCAUUUGACCGAUGGAAACCCCAGUCACAAGUAUGCGCGGAUGAUGCACCAGCACAGGUGCUUUUCAUUUUGGACUCGGGACUCGGGCAAUGGACAUGUGGUUUUGCACUUGCUUGCCCGGAGACACGUCAUAUGCAGGACUGAAGGAGUCUAGUUGCUGCUGCUGCUCAGCUUGGACCUAAUUGUGUGAAGAUUCUCGUCUGUCGGGCUCUAGUCUGAAGGUGGUGAACUGGCACGGUACUUUCACUGGCUUUUCUGACAAGCACAAGUGUCACUCAAGUAUUUUGUUGAACCAGGAGGACACCCCGUCACGAGGAAAUGCAAACUUUGCAUUUGAAUUGUUACCAUAAGAGGUCAACUCACUUUCCGAAUUCAAAUCAGUAUCGUAUGUAAAAAGUUCAGUCAAUAGAUGAGACGUGACAUACAUGACAUGUACAGCACUCCAAACAUAGCGGCAAAUGUUUCCUAACUACACACAUUACACAACGAGCCUUUUUCUGCCAGUUGCAAGACUGUUUAUCAGCCAUGUGAGCCAGCAGUAAAUCCUGAUAUUGCCACCCUCAAACUAAAGUCCUGAGACUGAGUUCACUCCUAUCAGCUGGGUCAGAGGCAAUGCCUCUCAAGUCCUCGGUUGAUGAGAACAUUCUUUUUUGUAUUUAAAUAAGUUUUUACAGCCACAAUUUUUUUGUAUAUUUUCACAUUAAUAUAUUUAUUUGUGCUGUAAAUUCUUUGACAAUAUUAAUACAGUUUUUGUUGUUUCUAGUGUAACUAUUAAACAUAUUUAUUUUUAAAA